AUGGAAAGUGAUUACGAACAAUUGUCCAUAAAAGCUGUCACCAUUUUAUUGCCGUUUACAACUUCCUACUUGUGUGAAACUGGCUUUUCAGCGUAUACAAAGACCAAGAAUAAGUUUCGAAAUCAACUGAACGCCGCUCCGGACUUACAAAUCCAACUCUCAGGAAUAACUCCAG